AUGGAGCACCGCUACGGGGCAGUGCUAUGGGGUGACAUUAUGGGAAAAUGGUAUCGGUUGAUGCUAAGGGGUGACAUGGAGCAGCGGUCUGGGCGCACGCGUGACGGUGUCUCCGUAGCAAGCGCGCUUCAGCGCGACUGUCCCCGCGUGUUGCUAUGGUGCCGUGGCGUCCCGCGCCGUGCCGUCAUCACCCCGCGCCCGGAAGAGGCGGCGGCCGUGAGGAAGUCGCGCAGUGCUCCGCAGCGCUCCAAGGCCGCGGGGCGGCCCCGGGGCUCCGAGCGCCGCCUCAGCUUCGACGAGUGGGUGUUCGGGGCCGGCGCUUCCCUUCAGAAAUGGACGGUUCCCGCCAAACCCCCGUGUAAAGCCCCACCUGGGGUAAAACAACUCCCCCAGGGCCACCGGGUGACACCAGGCCAACCGUCAGCGGUGCCACCACUGGAACAACCGCCUGUCCCCAGAGAUUACCCUGUCAGUGUAACCAUGCAACCUGGCGCCAUCCCAACCCCUGUCUACCUUGAGAGCCCCAUCAGCGUCCUACAGCUCCCUCCCAAGCUGGGAGGGAGUGUUGAUCAGCCGGAGGGGAGAAAGGCACUACAGAGGGACGUGGAAAGGCUGGCUGGCUGGGCCAAGGUAAACUGUAUGAGUUUCAACAGGGCCUGUGAAGGGCCUGGGGCCCCCAGCACAAGAAAGACGCAGAGCUCUUGGACCGGGUCCAGAGGAGGGCCACUAAGAUGACCACAGGGCUUUCUUCUCCUCUGAAGAAAGGUUGAGGGAACUGGGCUUGUUCAGCUUGGAGAAGAGAAGGCUCCAGAGAGACCUCAUGGUGGCCUUCCAAUACUUGAAGGGAGCACAUAAACAGAAGGGGGAAUGACAUGG